CCGCCCCGUGAAGCACUACUACGGGGUGGAAGCGUUUCACACAGUUAAGUGCAGACCAGUUGGCUUUCAUGUAAAUGAAACACGGCUGAUUCGCCGUAAGCAAAACGACCGUAAGCUAAGCUAACCUCUCAAACUGAAUGACUCGUCGUUCUCCAGUGACGUUACACCGUUACAAAGGACUUCGCGCCGUCUCUCUCUGUUUCUUCUCUCCGCAGGGAUGGGUGUGAAAGGACUUCAGCACUUUGUGGACAGUUGCUGCCCAGAAGCUCGUGUGACUGUUCAUCUGAGAGAAAUGGCCAAAAGGCAGCGAGUCUGCACAAGCACAGCUAACAUCCCCAGUCCCACACUCGUAGUGGAUGGUAUGGCCUGCUUGCGUCACUGGUACACAUGUAAGGACUGGGUGUGUGGCGGGCAGUGGAGGGAGUACAUGGAGCUGCUGAAGGGCUGGGUGGAGGCCUUCACGUCAGCAGGCAUCAGACUCGUCUUCUUCUUCGAUGGAGUUGUAGAAGAUCAGAAGAGACAAGUGUGGGUGAAGAGGAGACGCAGAGUGAACGGGGAGAUUUCUAAAAUGUUUCGUCACAUCAAGGCAUGUGGCGUGCAGCCUGGUAGAGCGCUCUUUUGUCUUCCUUCUGGUCUGGCAACAUUCACAUGCUUUGCUCUCAGGUCAUUGGGUCAGAGCGUGUUCUGCUCCGAGCAGGAGGCUGACUAUGAGAUUGCCAGCUAUGCUCGUCAGCAUGGCUGUAUGGGCAUUCUGGGACAGGACUCAGACUUCAUCAUAUACGACAGUGCCCCCUACUUGUCUGUGGCAAAGCUGCGGAUAGACAGCCUCACCACUGUCCUGUACGACCGACAGAGGCUCUGCCACGCCAUCGGAUUGACCGCUACCCAACUACCACUGUUGGCCUGUCUCCUAGGUAACGAUGUGGUGUCAGAGGAGCAGAUGCAGCACAUCAGGAACAACGCCAUAGCGACAUACAGGACAAACAAUCCUGCAUCACACCGCGGUGCUCCUCAGGGCCAGAAGGUGCUUGCUGUAUCCCAACUUGUGAGCUCCUUGUGGGGAAGAGAGGAGCAGGAGCCUGAAUUUAUUCCUCAUUCUGUGAACCUGUCAGCUCCUCACAGAGAGCUUCUGAAGAAGGGGGUUUGCUCUUACUUGCUGCCUGGACAGGACGCUUCUCAGCGAGGUGACAUCUCUGCACCUCCCUCUGCCUUUGAGAAGCAUGUUAGUCCACAGAUAUUAAAGGCUUGCAGAGAGAAGCACGUAGCAACAGAGGGUUUUAUGGUUUACAGUGUUGUGUGUCAGGGAGUCAUUCACUGUAGCAACACACUGGAGGAUGAAGAGGAUUCUGAGUUGCUGCCUCAGGCCCUCGUCUACAAGCCCUGCAGACAGCGGAUCUACGGCCUGCUGCUCCUGCACGGCCAUGAAGGCAGCAGUGUCGACCUUCCAGCAAUCAGGGAAUGGUUUGUCUACGGUGGAAACCCGCUGAAGGAACCUGACAUGGUCCACCCCGUCCCAGUCCACCUCCCAUAUCAUCAGCCCAGUCUGGACCUGCUGUGGUUUGGGACCAGUCCUGAGGUUCCUACACUUCGCUUGAUGUCAUUCCUUUCAAUCUUUGAUUGCCAGGAGUUCUCUGACUUGCAUGGAGACAUUGAAGACGCCCUCUUGGCUGCUCUCUGCCUGGUCACUUACAUUGUCCUCCAGGUACAAACGUUGUCUCAAGAGGACGUUGAUGCUUACCUGAGUCAGGCUGUGUGUCUAAGACUGAAAUCACCCAAUGAUCUUCAAAACAUCAAGCUGCCGGUCCUGUCGAGUCGCGCCGUGCAGCUGGGAUCUCUCUAUGUCCGAGGACUCGGCAACCUGCUGGGCGCCAACUGUGCCAGCGGCAGCCCGCUGCCCGGCGCUGCCCUUAUGCCUUGGCACAGCUUCGACGGACGGCUGUUCCACUCAAAGUACCUGCUGGCACACAGCGGCACAGAGAAGGCCGUGUUGCUGGAGAGUGACCCGUCCCGUUUGUCACUGUUUAUCCGCCUGAGGGAGAAACUUGGAGAAGCCUGCGGGAAGCGAGGCAGAGUCCUGCAGUCCAGACCCUGUGCACCGGAACGAGGUCCUGGAGUCCCACCUGGAACCGGACACAGAGAGAGACACGCAGGUGGCGCCAAGGACUGGAGGGAAAGAGGCGAAACAGGAGGAGGCCAUGGACAUGGAGGAGGAUGGAGAGCCAGCGGGGAGGCCAGUGGAGACCUGAGUGAAUGUGAGGGCAGAUCGACAGCGUGGCGUGUCAACCCUCACUCUCAUUCGUAUCCCUACGGCCACGAUGGAGGAGCCCAGAACACGAGCCGCCCUCCAACGCAGUCCAGAGGCCGAUCGCACCUCAACAGAGGGAGAUACAGAGCGGCUCCCAGGUAACGUCAGUGUGGAAACAGAUGUUCCUCUUGGUCCAAGAUGGUCUCUGCCCCCGGCACCAGGAACACAACCCUGAAUAGAGAGGAGAGGAGGAUUAGAGGGAUGGAUUCCCCCUGAAAUGUGAUGAAAGGAGUGAAGGAGUCAGAUUUCUCUGAAUAAACUGAUUUAGUGAAUUACCAGUUAGCAAUGUUUGUCUAAAGGAUGGAGAAGCUUGGGAAAUGGGGAUUAAGAGAUGGCCAAAUAAAGAGAUUAGAAUAUAAUUAUUUGAUUUGUCCUUUUGACCUGAAUUUCUUUUUUUGCGCAUCUGAAAAUACUUCAGUAGACACACUUCAAAAGUCAAAUCACUUCUAGGCCUCUCUUUUAUCUCAAGACAAUUUACCCGUUUUAAUGUGAUGGAGAAUGAACCGGUCCAUCAGCACUCAGCAAACACACUCUGAAACGAGCCACUUCAAACAUGCACUGAAGUAGAUUAACGGUUAAUCCCCGGGCCUGUUUUACCUCUUAUCUUUGACUAUAAAAGGACAGAGAUCUUAAAAGCUGUUUGUGUCCAAUAAUCCUUUUAAAGGCAGGGUUUUAACUAGAGAAACAGUAAUGCAGCUAUCAAAUAUCAGUUAGAAUAGGGUCUCGCUGCCGGAGAGUUAUACAUCUCUGUAAAGUGAUACCAAGAGCCGUUUGUGACAUGUCGAAAAUAAAGUGAAGCAAUUUGCCAUGUGCGCGCACACACACACACACACACACACACACACAUAGACACACACCUCUAAGCAGACCGUUAAAGAAAUGUGAGAGUGAAUUUCUAAACAAGCGGAAACUAAUGAGUGUAAAUCAGAGUGUUGAUACAGUGAAGUGAGACUGUUUGACGCGACCGAGCGGAGAGUUACAUCAGUUCAUUCUCCUCUAGUUCAAUGUUGCAUUCAUUACACAGUAACCGAUGCAGCGAUUGUCUAAGAAUGUUACAAGUGGUUUUAUAAGCCCCCAGACCUAUAAAACCACUCCGCACAUGGACUGUGUGUGUAAGUAUUCUUUUAUGUUGUAUAUCAAUUUCUCCCAAUCUCGUUUUUUGGGUCAAUGAUAUUCGCUUUUUUUUUUUUAAGUGGUUCUUGUAAUUUUAUGAAUCAGAAAUUAAAAACAUCAGCAUGCAUCAAUGAA